AUGUUGGCUCCAUAUGCUAUCUUGUUCACAAGUAUCAGCAAGGUCGUUGCCCAGAAUGGGUUUAUAUCUCCAGCAUACCGCCAGGGCCAGCCUCCAGGACCGUAUGCUGACAACGCCCUUUGGGACCUAGGAUCCAGCCAACUUGUUGCCUUCAACACGAGCUUUGCUGAAUACACUAUCGAACUCUGGCAACAGAAUCUGGUUAAGUCGAGCGCUGAACUGGCAGACCAGACCAUCUAUAAACGUGAGUGGCUCUCCUUGCCGGUGUAUGUAACUCCGCAGGUGCUCAUUUGCGGCAUUCCAGAGACCUCGGGAGAGCGGCUCGCUCAAAGUUUCCCCUGGACGGUACAGACGUAUCAACUUCGCCUCGACAACUCGCGCGUCUUCUUCUUCUGGCUACGUGACUCCAACUCAGACAACCGUGUCACCUCUUCAUACUUCAACAUCACCAUCCCGUCGGCCUCAUCAACCUCUUCUACUACUGCAUCGACGAGCACUGGUACAGUUUCCUCUGCGUCACCGUCUCCUCCCGUCUUCUCACCAACGGCCGAGCCGCCUUCGUCGGGCACUACUCAGGCAGGACUCUCGUCCGGCGCAGCUGCUGGCAUUGGUGUGGGGGCUUCUCUGGCUGGAGUCGCAAUCAUAGCAUCAAUCCUCUUUCUCUUGUUCAGAAGGAGGAAUAAGACGAGACAGAGCGCACAGGCCUUCGAAAGCGCGCCUGCAUAUACCGGGCUAUCGAACGACAAGAGUGGCCUAUCUACAAGUCCAUACCCGCCUAGUUCUACACCUCACACACCAGUAGCAGAACUCGCACACGAACAACGAAGGUCACCCGUAGAGAUGUCGACCGAGCGAAUGUAA